AUGGAGGGCCUGACCCUGAGCGAGGCGGAGCAGCGCUACUACUGCGACCUCUUCGCCUACUGCGACCCCGAGAGCACGAAGAAAGUGGCGUCCAACGGGCGGGUCCUCGAGCUCUUCCGCGCCGCGCAGCUCCCCAGCGAGGUGGUCAUGCAGAUCAUGGAACUUUGUGGAGCAACAAGACUGGGAUACUUUGGAAGAAGCCAAUUCUACAUUGCUCUGAAACUUAUUGCAGUAGCUCAGUCUGGGCUUCCUCUACGAAUGGAAAGCUUAAAUACAGUCAAGGACCUUCCCCUGCCCAGAUUUGUCAUGUCAAAGAAUGAACAGGAACUGAGGCAUUCGUCCUUGUAUUCUUCAGAUGCUGAUAAUUCCUCCUCCUAUUCAGGUGCAAUUCCCCCUCCUCCUCCAGGCAGAAUACAAGUGAAAAAAGGCUCUGUGAGCCAUGAUGUAGUCCAACAACGUCCAUCAACAGAUCAACAGGAGUCCACAUCUCCAGUUGUUUCGCCACAGCAAUCCCCACCAACGUCUCCACAUUCAUGGAGGAAGCACAGCCGCCAUCCUAGUGGAGGGAAUAAUGAGCGACCUCUUGCUGGACCAGGGCCUUUUUGGGCUCCGUUUAGUGAAGCACAAUCAGGCUCCUGUAAUACUGGUGAUCCAAUGUGGUCUGGCCAUUCUCCACCACCCCAUCAAGAAAACUGGGUCAGUUUUGCAGAUAACACACCAACCAGUACUAUUUUACCCAUGCAUCCUGCUUCUGUCCAGGAUCAGACAACAGUACGAACUGUAGCAUCAGCUACAACAGCUAAUGAAAUUCGUAGGCAAUCGAGUAGUUAUGAUGAUCCUUGGAAAAUAACAGAUGAACAAAGGCAGUAUUAUGUAAAUCAGUUUAAAACCAUUCAACCUGAUCUAAACGGAUAUAUUCCAGGGUCUGCAGCUAAAGAAUUUUUUACAAAAUCAAAACUCCCUAUUCUUGAGCUUUCGCAUAUUUGGGAACUAUCAGAUUUUGACAAAGAUGGUGCAUUAACGCUGGAUGAGUUCUGUGCAGCUUUUCAUCUGGUAGUUGCAAGAAAGAAUGGCUAUGAUUUACCUGAAAAGCUGCCUGAAAGUUUAAUGCCUAAACUGAUUGAUUUGGAGGACUCAGCAGUGGUGCCUGUUUCAGAAGUGGGGGAUCAGUCUGGUGAGGUAGGUUAUGCAAGUUCACCAGCAGAAGCUCCUCCAAGCAAAUCGCCAUCUAUGCCAUCGUUAAAUCAGAACUGGCCAGAACUAAAUCAAAGCAGUGAGCAGUGGGAGACAUUUAGUGAACGCUCCUCAAGCUCACAAACUCUGACCCAAUUUGAUUCUAACAUUGCACCAGCUGAUCCUGAUACCGCUAUUGUUCACCCUGUUCCGAUUCGAAUGACGCCAAGCAAAAUUCACAUGCAGGAAAUGGAACUUAAAAGAACUGGAAAUGAUCCCACAAAUCCCACAAGUCCUUUACUUGUGAAAUCACCUGAUCUUGCAGAAGAAAAUAAAAUGAGUUCAUCUGUAAAAUUUGUAGGGGGAAAUACAGUUGCAGAUGGUUAUAGCAGCUCAGAUUCCUUUACUUCAGAUCCAGAACACAUUGGAAGCACUGUAACUAGGCAACGGUCACAUUCAGGGACAUCUCCAGAUAAUGCAGCUCCACCUCCUCCACCACCAAGGCCUCAUCCCUCCCACUCACGGUCAUCAUCAUUAGAUAUGAAUAGGACCUUCGCAAUUACUCCAGGUCAACAGCAAACUGGAGUGAUUGCCUAUCCCCCUGCAGUGCCUCCAAGACCUCAACCCUCACAGGCUGGAGGUCAUGUUCAUCGUCCAUCAGAUUCUGAAGGUUUAAUAGCUCAUACCAGUACCUCACCUCAACAAAUACCAGAACAGCCAAACUUUGCAGAUUUUAGCCAGUUUGAGGUUUUUGCUGCAUCAGGUGUGAAUGAAGAAGAGGAUGAAGAAAUUGAGAGAAAUGCAGAGGUUUUGCAAGCAGAAAAACCCUCUGAUUCUGUAGGAACUAUUAGAGUUGCCAAAGUUGAUGGAAGAUUAGAGGACAAGGCAGCUUCUAGUACCCCUGCAAAUGCGAGCAAAGGCACCACACCUCUAGCUCCACCACCAAAACCCAUACGCAGAAGGCCAAAAUCAGAGGAUGAGCUGAGACCUGAAGCUGAGGAGCAUACACAGAAAACAGGUGUCAUAGCUGCUGUUCUUGCUUCACAGCCAUCUAUUCCUAGAUCGGUGGGUAAGGACAAGAAAGCAAUUCAGGCAUCAAUCAGACGCAAUAAGGAGACAAAUACUGUUUUGGCCAGACUGAAUAGUGAAUUACAGCAACAGUUAAAGGAUGUUCUUGAAGAGAGAAUUUCACUGGAGGUUCAACUGGAACAGCUUCGACCUUUCUCUCACUUAUAAGCCGAUUGCCGUUAACUGUGAACUAAUUAACCUUUGAAAGGGGAAACUGGGUAAAAGGCGUAAUUAAAUACCCAUAUGGUCAGCUCAGUGCACUCUAACAUUCUGUGAUUGUUUUAUCCUCUGUCCACAGUUGUAUUUAAGUAGCUUUUAUAAUUUUAAUACAAAGAAUUGGAAUCAAUGUUUCCUUGAAUAUUCUAUAUAUUGGCACUGCCAUCCCUCCCAUUUCUUGGGAACACACAGUCUAAGUUGAAGCCAGGUUUUUACAAUUUCAGUGGCCUAAAUCCCAAACUGGAAUUAAUUACCUGAUGGAUGUUUUUGUAUUUCACAUCAUGAAUAAAAAUAUUCCAGGUAUCCAAAUGGAUACCUUUGUUACCAGUUACCUUAACUAAACACAAAAGUA